AUGAAGCUGGCCGUCGAUGUAAGCGAGCCCAAAAUCAUUGGAAUAUCAGGGCCCACCAAAGCUGGUAAGACGACGUUGGCGAGCGGAAUCGCCCGCGAGAUUUGCGGGACCGACAAAAAGCUCCCGCCGCGAUUCGGCCGAGAUCGCGUAGAACGCUUUCUGGGUGGCAGAGGCUCCUGCAUCAGCGUUGUUGGCCAAGACUCUUACUUCAAAGGGGGAGAGCGUAACUGGGAGCUUCCGGACGCCAUUGAUCACUCUUGGGUUUUGCAAACUCUCCGAGAUGAGCGCAGCGACCGUUUGUCAGAGCUCAUCAUCUUCGAAGGCUUCAAAGCCUAUUGGGACGAAGAAGUUGUCAGGGAAUUGGAUCUCAUCUUGUGGAUCCGCGUGAACGAGGAGACUUCGAAAAAGCGACGAAUGAGGAACAAAUCUGUCACGCAUGAGGUGUGGAAUGACAUGUGGCACCACCAUGGCAAUUAUUACAAGCACUGGGUAAAACUAUUGGGGAAGCAUGUAAUUGGUGAUCACGAUGCAGGGUGUGCCGCGCCAGCAGAGGAGGAGAAAUGCGUGACUUUGGACGGAGAGCAACCUGCCGAAACAGUGCUGAAGCAGGCGCUCGAUGUCCUGUUGAAGCGCGGCAUUUUGAGAGAAGAGACCGACGAGACCGACUCGACUGAGCCCACUAUGCGCACGAUACGGACGGGUGCAUCCAGGUCCAGAAGCCGGUCACGAGGGCGCCAGCCAAGUGCAAGCUCGCCGCUGCUGGACGCACACGAGCGCUGCGCUAACCCCACCUGCUGGUUUCGAGCUUCCCAGGAAACAGGCGGCGGCGGCGGCUAUUGCUGCAGGAAAUGCCACUGGCGCCAUGCAACUGGCUUCAAAUCUGGGAAGGCGCACAACAAGGAGUGUGCGAAGAUCGAAGCGUCUUCAACUGCACCGGUGGCGGCAGCAGUGGCUCCAGCUGAGGACUAUGUCAGCCAGGAGGCAGCAGCCGCUCGCAUCAUGGACGCCACAGCCGAGGAUGUCGCUCUAUCGCAGCAGGCCAUGCCGACCGAAAAUCACACAUCAGUGGCCACAGGUGUGUCGGUCCCGGUGGCUGAUGGCAUGACCGGCAUCAGCAUCCACUUCCAGCGGAAGUUGUGCUGCGCCAACCCCAACUGUCCCUUCCUCGCCAGCUCAGACCCGCUGCAGGGCGGCUACUGCUGCAGCAAGUGCUACUGGCGAGCUCUGACUCCGAGAAGCUCUAAAGGGGCCAAACGCCACAAUGCAGGCUGUGCCAAAGCUUAUCCAGAGACUGCCGGCACAGCCCGGGCACCUCCGGAUCCGCCUGAAGAAGCAAAACUCUACGGCCCAUCGCCUGGAGGAGACGAGUCAGUUGGGAUCGCAGACACUGCUGCAAGCUCUGUUACCCAAGCAACGGACCCGACGUCCUGA